UAAACAUCUGUACAUAAAAUUUUAAUAAACUACAGUUACAUUCGAUAUAAAUUUUUAAUCAAUAAAAUGCUUAAAAAUCAAGGCCCAUCUGUCACACCUAAAUGAAGAAAAGACAAUAAAGCUUUAAGUUAUUUUAAAGCCUUAAAAGCUAAAAAGGCCCAUUAAUAAAUAUAGUAAGGCCCAUUUAAGAACCUGGCUUUCGUUUUCUUCUACAUCUGAAAAAACAAAUCUUCCGAGAUUUCGCCGGAGUUAAAGAGAGAGAACGAUCCAGCGGCUGAGAUGUUCUUACGGGCAAUCGGACGGCCGCUGUUGGCCAAAGCGAAGCAGACGACAGGGAUUGUCGGGGUUGACGUUGUACCGAACGCGAGGGCGGUGCUGAUCGAUCUCUACAGCAAAACCCUACCGGAGGAUGAAGGAUACCGAAAAGCGGUGGAAUCGUUCACGCGACACCGUCUCAAUGUGUGUAAAGAAGAAGAAGACUGGGAGGCGAUCGAGAAGCGUCUUGGCUGCGGUCAAGUAGAGGAGCUCAUCGAAGAGGCGCAAGAUGAGCUCACACUCAUUGCCAAAAUGAUCGCUAACCUAGGCGUAUGGGUGAAAGUUUUCAUACGUCACUUAAGUUUGGAAUGGUUCUUGCUUCAUUGUCACGUACGUGUGUUCGUGUUCUUGCUUUGGAUCUACCUAUACAAUGGGACCCUUGGGGUGUUCCAGAUGACUACGAGUGUGAAGUAAUUGAGAACGAUGCACCGAUUCCAAAGCAUGUUCCUCAGCACCGACCUGGUCCUCUUCCUGAGGACUUCUACAGAACCCUUGAAGGUCUUCUUUCAGAGUCCAAAACAAAAAUCCCAGCUUCUAUCUCUGCUGAUCCACAGCUGAAGGAGUAACUUCCAGUUUUACUUUGUGUGUACUUCUUGCUUUUUUUGGCUAGUGUUCGUUUCAGAGACAGUCAAGCCUCUGAAGAAGUUGCUUAAUAAUUUUGAAAACCAUGUCAGUGUCACUCUUUUCAUAAUUGUUCUAUCAUUUUUAUCAAAGACAUAUGUAAUACAAAUGAUGUUUCUUCCCCGUUGCAAGAACAUUUUUACCAUUCUUAAA